AUGGAGGUCCCCACCCCUAGGGAAACUUACAUCCUCAUCAGAUGGCCCCUCAGCCCUGUGCUCCUCCUGCAAGGCAUCGAGCUCACGCAGGCCAGUGGACGACUGGACAGCCUCCCCUACCCCCAGCACCUUCUCCCAUCAGCGGCCCUCGAGGACCUCCAGAACAGCAUGGUCUUUGCCAGCAGCAGCCCCAGCCCACCACCGGGCUGCCCCAGGACCACAGACCGCGAAGGCGAUGGACCGAGGACAGGUUCCAGCGGACACUGCCCGCGGCGGUCUGCAGGCGGCCAUCUCCUGGGCACGCGGCUGAAGCCUCACGCCCUCCCGCUGACUGUCCGCUCCACCUGGAACACUGGCUCCGAUGUUCACCCGGCUAAGGGCUUCUCCACCUGCCGGUCAGCCCGCUGCUGCAGUGUGUCCAUCCGAGGCCGGCUGUGGUGUCUGACCCCGUUUGAUCACAUGCUCCAGGAGGACAAAGGUCCUUCGAACACUCUCACCUCCCGGGCUCCGAGCCUCGCGUCAGAGCCGCACGUCACAGGUGCCCAGGAGAUCACCUUGGAAUGGGUCAAAUAG